AUGUCGUCCUCCGAGCAAACCUUCAUCGCCAUCAAGAACGUCUAUAUUAACGCGCGCACGCAGCCGGACGGUGUUCAGCGCGGCUUGAUAGGCCCAAUUAUCUCUCGCUUUGAGCANAAAGGCUUCAAGAUGGCCGCCAUUAAGCUCACCACCCCUGGCCAGGAGCACCUCGAGAAGCACUACUCUGACCUCAGCGACAAGCCUUUCUUCAGAGACAUGAACUCUGGCCCCAUCUGCGCCAUGGUCUGGGAGGGCCGUGACGCCGUCAAGACCGGCCGUACCCUCCUCGGUGCCACCAANCCCCUCGCCUCCGCCCCCGGCACCAUCCGUGGCGAUUUCGCCAUCGACGUCGGCCGCAACGUCUGCCACGGUUCCGACACCGUCGAGAACGCCCAGAAGGAGAUCGCCCUCUGGUUCAAGAAGGACGAGCUCAACUCCUGGAAGCUCGCCCAGAACGACUGGAUCUACGAGAAGCCUUAA